AAGCCCAAUUUCCCGCGCUCCCGCCCGCGCGUGUGCACGAGAAUCUCGUCUGGAGGGAUUCUCGCCCUGCGCAUUGCACCGCUUGUCUUCCUACAUUCACGUGGUGUGCGCAGAGGACGACACCGCCGCCAUGGGCUUCGUCAACGCCAUCGUCACGUCCAUCGCGCCCAUCUUCAUCGCCACGAGCCCCAUAACCAGCUAUGCCGACCAAAUCUACUCCAUCCACCGCACGCGCUCCUCGGCCGGCUUCUCCCUCGACAUCCCGCUCAUCAUGCUCGUCGCCUCCAUCCUCAAGAUCUUCUACUGGUUCGGCGCGCACUUCAGCACGUCCUUACUCGUGCAGGCCCUCCUCAUGGUACUCGUGCACACCGUCCUCCUGCACGUCGCCCUCACGAACCGCGUGGCGCCUACCACGCACCUCCCGUUCCAGCCCGCCGCCGCCCGAAAACGCCCCUACGACUUCUGGCAGUGGCGCCCGACGCGCCCGUACUGGGCGUUCGUGAGCUACUUCACACUCGCCUUGCUGGUGCUGCACGUCCUGCUCUCCUCGACCAGCCUGUUUAUCCCCUACACCGACGUCCUCGGCGUCAUCGCGCUCACCGUUGAGGCCACCCUCCCGCUCCCCCAGCUCUUCGCCAACUACCAGCGCCGCGGCUGCCGCGGCUUCCGCCCCUCCGUCAUCGCAAACUGGAUUGUCGGCGACACCUUCAAGAUGUGGUUCUUCUUUGCAAGCGCCGCCGGUGAGGUCCCCUGGGCGUUCAAACUGUGCGGCAUUUUCCAGGCGACGUGCGACUUGGGGCUGGGGCUGCAGUGGUUCGUGUGGCGCGAUGGGCCUGAGGGCGUGGCGGCGGCGGGAGAGAAGGAGCUCAGGAGUCCGCCGCCGGAGCGCGCGGGCGACACGUUCGAGAUGCUGAAGGGCGCGCCCGGCUAUGGGGAGAAGGGGACGAUAGGGGCGGGAAUCGAUCUUGGGGAUGGGGCGGGCAGUUGGGAGAGGAGGGGGAUAUGA